AUGACCACCCGCAAGUUGUCUGCCAUCAAGAAGCUCGCCCAAACUCCCUCAACCACCGCCGCGCAGGUCUUCACCACCCCGGAGUUACUCGAGGCCAUCCUCCUCGACCCCGUAAUCUCCCCGAAGAAUCUCCUCAUCCUCCAACGUACCUGCAAGACCUUCCACCAAACCGUGCUCGGCUCCCCAUCGCUCCAGCGGAAGGUCUUCAGAAAACAACACCCCGCAUCCACAGUAACCGAGUCGUCGAGCCGCAAAAUCCUCCCAAACGGCAUGUUCGUGCCUAUUGACUCCUUUCCCUACCUGGAGAAUUCCAGUCACAUACACUCGUCUGGCGCUCGGUAUACCCUCUUUAAAGACAGGACACAAUUCUACAGGUUGUCGUGGAUUGUCCACCGGCGCUUUCAAAACGGUCAGCCAGUCCUGUGUAUCGACGUCUUCAAGCGAAGAGACGAGCAGGCGCGCAGGUGGGAGGACAUACCCAAGGUGUUCAGGGAAGCUUUCAUCUGUGAUGUCGCAGUGGAUAUGAUUGUGUUUAUACAAGCACGGAACAGAGCUGGCAAGACGAGAUUUACGAACUUGAAUGUUUCGGGUGGAAGCAAAGCCUCUUUUGACCGGAUCCUCGGCGUGGCGCGCGCUUGGGCAGUGCAGAUGAGGAGCCAGAACGGGUCGAUGGAGGACAUUACGUCUGUUGAGGAUGGGAUGUCGUUUGGGGGGAACAUGAGAAUCGGGUAG